AUGAAUACUUUUUCUUAUUAUGAGGAUUCUAAAGUUAAAAAGUUUUAUGACGCAAUAUUUGAAUUAGGAGCAGUUCCUUUAAUUAAUCGACCGACAAGAGUAUCAAUAAACACAACUACUCUUAUCGAUAGUAUUAUUACAACCGAUAUCCUUAACAAAAACAUACAAAAAGGUAUCUUAAAACCUGAUAUUUCCGAUCACUUCCCUAUAUUUUUAACAUUUAACUGUAAUUCCGAAACUAUGAUUAAGACAAGCAAAAAAAUUAGACUGCGUCAUAUUAACAAAGACAAUAUUAAUCAUUUUAAAGAGCAACUAUCAUUGCUCCAUUGGAAACAUAUAAACUUUAACGAUGACGCAAACUCUAUAUAUGAUAAUUUUUUCAACACAUAUCCUAUCUACGAUGCAAAUUUUCCAUUCAUAGAAAAGACAAUAAAUCCAAAAAAAACAUUCAAUCCCUGGAUUACCAAAGAUUUUAAAAAAUUAUCGAAGAUCAAGCAGAAACUGUAUAUAAACUUAAUCGAUAAGUAUAAAAAUAACUCCAAGCGUACAUGGGAAAUAAUAAAAGAAAUAAGCGGAAAACAAAAAGACUGCUCAGGUUUCCUUCCCCAGGUCAUCAAGGUUGAUAACAGAAUCAUCUAUGAACAAAAAGAAAUAGCUUGCGAGUUUAAUAAUUUUUUUGUUAAAGUUGGUCCUGAACUGGCCAAUAAGAUUCCAAAGACGCAGGCUAUAUUUAGUGAUUUUCUAGUACCGAUGACUGAUUGCAUUACAUCUGGAGAGUUGUCUUCUAAAUUAUCAUUUGAAGAAUUUGAAAUAGCAUUUAAAACUCUGAAAAAAAAUAAAGCUACUGGAGCAGAUGACAUUAAUGGUAAUAUAAUUCUAAACUGUUUUGAACAAUUAAAAGAUAUUCUCUUUAAAGUUUUUAGCGCAUCAAUUAAUCAAGGAAUUUUUCCUGAACAACUAAAAAUUGCAAAAAUUACCCCAAUUUUUAAAGAAGGUGAUAGGGCUAUUAUUAGCAACUACCGACCCAUUUCUAUCUUACCUAUAUUUUCAAAAAUAUUAGAAAGAAUUAUGUAUAAUAGAGUCUAUGAUUAUUUUCAAUGCAAUAACCUACUAUAUAGCAAUCAAUUUGGCUUUAAAAAGCACAACUCCACGGAACAUGCAAUCAUUCAAUUUGUACGCGAAAUUUCAAAAUCCUUUGAAAAUUCCCAAUACACACUAGGUAUCUUCAUUGACCUAUCUAAGGCUUUUGAUACAGUAGAUCACACUAUAUUACUGCAUAAGCUUAAAUAUUAUGGGCGUGAUUUAUAUGCAGUGAAAAAAGCUAUGUGA